UUUAUUACCGAGUGCGGAGUAAUAAAGAAAUGAACAUCGUCUCCUUUCCAACUCCAAAUCGCACAGUCUCAGAUAGUUAGACUCGUCUCCAUUCACAGUCGCAGCUGCAUCUCCGUCCUCCUCUUAAAACCCUCCAUUGAAAAGCAGUUAUAGUUGUAUCACCGUUCACCACCUCUAGUCGGCGCCACCAUUACACCUUUUCUCUGCUGCUGCUAUUUUCGAGUAGCCAUUUCAAUUUUUGGAAGACAUGGAUGAUGUACUGACAGAGACUCCCCCACCUUCAAGGUUCUCUGAUGAAGAUCUCAACAUCUUCACCCCUCCAUCUCCUUCACUCCCAACUCCAUUUAUUGUACUAUCUGAUCCUUAUACUAAUGAAACUCUUCGUCCUUCACUCCUCAUCUUCGCAUUAUCACCUCCAUCUCGUCACAUAUUUCACAAUGUAUCCUCUAAAAAACUCAUAGGAACAGUCAUCCUCCCUGAGAUUCCCUUUUCUGGAAACUCAAUUUCACCCUCUUUCAAGAACAAAUCUUGCAACAUUUACGCAUUGAAUGAUACCGAAAAGCCGGUUCUUCUGGUAUGUGUCCAGUUCGAUGUACCAGCAGAGAGAUGUCACGCUGUCUCAAAACUGUUGCUCGGUGAAAAGAUUGUUCCAGAAAGGGUGUUGAUUUUAGAUUCAGUUCAGAUACAAAAGUUUCGUGGCAAGUUAUCAAGGGAUGAUACCGUGGCGUACAAGUUGGAGACAUCUUUGGAAAGAAAAGGGUUUGGUGAAAGCCCGGUUGGGUCAUCUCUUCUGAAGGAUAUGGGCUACUUCCCAUCAGGAAGUGUGGUGGACGGGCUUGCUGCUGCUCUGUUGGCCCGGUGCCAAAUCAGGAAUAUGCGAGGUAUUUUGUGCGUUUCUUGGCCCGAAUAUGGUAAACCAGUGAUGCAGUUGGUUAAAUCUCUCUUGGUGAAGGAUAUCUUACCUGAUUUUGAUUUCUCUUCUUCUACUAGCUAUGAAGAUGAGAGUUUGAAAUCUAGUUGGCCUAAGAAUCCUCUGUUUGAUACAGAAUUGUACACCUGAUAAAGUUCACUUUAGUUGAAUUAGAAAAACAUCUUAUUUCCAAUCUAGAAGGGAAAGAUAUUAUGUUUUAAACCUUGUUGAGUUUUAGGUUGAAAAUUUGUUACUUUUGAGGAUAUUAUCUUGUUACCACUUGCUGUUCGAUGUUUA